AUGAGCCGCAGCUCCAAACUUGCUCCUGAAGUCAACCGGGCUUUAUUCGUCAAGAAUCUGAGCUACAACGUCAGCGCCGACGACCUGUAUGAUCUCUUCGGCAGGUUCGGCUCGAUAAGGCAGAUCCGCCAGGGCAUCGCGAACAAUACCAAGGGCACCGCCUUCGUCGUCUACGAGGAUGUCAUGGACGCCAAAGCCGCCUGCGACAAGUUGAACGGCUUCAACUUCCAGAAUCGCUACCUCGUCGUUCUCUACCAUCAACCCGAGAAGAUGGCCAAGAGUGAAGCAAACCUCGCCGAGCGCCAGCAGAAUCUAGAAAAGCUGAAGCAAGAGCACGGUAUCCAGUAG